AAGUUGCUUAUGUAUAGUUUGUUUCAUUUUUUUUAUCAUACUUUUGUGUAUAUAGUAUUAUGGACUCACUUAAGAGGAAAGUUUCUGCUAACCCCCCUUCAACUAACAAUGAGGGUCAAAGUUCCAAAGCUAGUUGGAGGGAUCUUAAAGCCACCGAGUACUUUGUCAAGGCAUGUUUGGAUCAAGUUUCCAAGAGUCAACGCAAUGGUACUUGUUUUACCAAGAAAGGAUGGCAAUGUAUUGUUUCCCAAUUUAAUGAACAAAGUGGACUGAAUUAUGACAAGGUAAAAUUGAAGAAUAUGUAUGAUAGCUUGAGAAAGGAAUGGAAAGUAUGGUAUAACUUGUUUGGAAAAGUUCCAAGAGUCAACGCAAUGGUACUUGUUUUACCAAGAAAGGAUGACAAGGUAUUGUUUCCCAAUUUAAUGAACAAAGUGGACUGAAUUAUGACAAGGUAAAAUUGAAGAAUAUGUAUGAUAGUUUGAGAAAGGAAUGGAAAGUAUGGCAUAACUUGUUUGGAAAAGUUACCGGAUUAGGAUGGAAUUUUGAGAAGAAUACCGUUGAUGCAUCCGAUGAGUGGUGGGAGAAGAAAGAAUUGGAAAAUCCUCAAUAUGCAAAGUUUAGAGACAAGGGACUUCCAUUUGCUCACCAACUAACCACACUUUUCAAGGAUUUUGUGGCUAAUGGAGAGCAUGCUUGGGCACCAUCAAGUGGUGUAUUACCUAAUGAGAACUUGGGUAAUGAUGAUAAUGAUGUUGGCUUGGAUGUUGAAGGCUCGGGUGAUAGUGAAGAUGCAAGCAUUGGAGCAACAACUGGUUUUGGAAAUAUUAACUUGAAUACAUCACAAGGAGCUGCUAGUCAAAGUAGUGGACAAAAGAGAAAGAGUUAUUGGGGCUGAACAAAAAGGAAAGAAAAAAGCUACUCCUUCAACGUCAAUAGCUGAGGCUGUUAAUGAUAUUGCGGAGACUUGCAAGUCGCGGAAUGAGGCUAUAAGUAAUGCAUCUAUUGGUGAGGUGAUGGCUGAGAUUCAAACCAUGGAGGCAGUUACUUCUGAUUUAGAGUUUCAUACAAUGUGUUGUAACCUAAUGAUGUUUAAGCCAGCUAGGGAGAUGUUUGUAUCACUGCGGGGUUUUGAGGAAAGAAGGUUGAUUUGGCUCAAAUUUGCAUCAUUCAACCCUACUCUAUUCAUGAGGCCGUGAUUUGGAAAAAAAAUUGGCUCAAGAAUUGGCUUAGUGAUGUGUCUUGGAUUUAGCUUAUGCUUUUGGACUUAGUUUAUGUAUUUGGUUUCUUAGUUUAUGUAUUUGGUUGCUUAGUUUGUGUUUAGAUCUUCAUUAUGUCGCACUAUGUGUUAGGAUUUCCCUUUAUAAAUUUCGUAUUAAGAACUCAAGUAGUAUGGUGAUAUAAAACCUAUGUAUUAUGCCUUGUGAAUUUGAAUGAAGUGAAUUUGUUACAUGGUUGCCU